AUGAAACGGAUAUUUGGUUCCUUUAACAAGCGCUCCAACACAGCGUCCUCGCUGGACAGUCCCGCGGCCUACCCUGACGACUCCCCUGAGGGCGUUAUCUUAAGAGAAGUGAAUGCCUUUUGCGAAGCGGGCGCUGGUCCCGGCAAUCCCCAAGGAGACGAAUUCGUUCAUCUUCCUGGUAUCGUCGAAAGCGCCGAGUCCAGUCCUAAUGCCGCCCGCGAAGCCGCCCAUCGCAUUCGCAAGUUGCUCUCCGACACGGCCGCCACGCCGCCAGCCAAUGCGCAGUACAAUGCGAUCAUGCUGAUUCGCAUCCUCGUCGAUAACCCCGGUCAUACGUUUACGCGCAAUAUCGAUGUCAAAUUUGUCGCUACCGUGAAGGAUCUCCUGCGACAGGGGAGGGACUCGAAUGUGCAACACUUCCUCCGGGACACUUUGGACACUUUUGACACCCAGCGACCAUGGGAUGAAGAUUUGGGGCUGCUUAUAGGAAUGUGGCGGAAGGAAAAGACGAAGCUCACAAGAUCCAAUAGUGGGAGCACUUGGCGUUCGCAGCCUUCGCCCCAGCCCCAGGGUACGCAAUCGAAUUACUUUAACGUUCGACAGAAUAGUUCGUCGCUUCCACCCCCGGACGAACUGGCCGCACGUGUGUCUGAAGCUAAGACGUCGGCGAAGCUUCUGAUCCAGUUUGUCCAGUCAACUCCGCCCGCAGAGUAUCUGGAGAAUGAGCUUAUCAAGGAGUUUUCCGACCGGUGUCGGGUGGCAUCGCGUGCUAUGGAGAAAUAUAUCCAUUCGACGAACCCGGCGCCUGACGAGGAUACGCUGAUGACGUUGAUCGAAGCGAACGAUGAAUUAUCGGUGGCACUAUCGAAACAUCAGCAUGCCAUUCUGAAGGCUCGCAAAACUCUGGGCCAAGCCGGGAGCCAGUCGCCUUCUUCGUCGGAUGAUACGUCGGCGUCGGGGGCAUUGCGGCCGGUUCCUCCACCACCCCCUGUAUCACAAUGGCAACCGCAGAGUUCUCCUGGACCCUCCGCGGCACCGGUGCAACAACCUGCAGUGCCGAUGAUGACCCCUGCAGCAGGGUUCCCACCGUCGACAAACAAUGGCGCGGGACAGCAUGAGUAUCGGUCCGAGGAUUUCCAGGUCCAGAAUCCCUUUGCGGACAACUUCAAUUCUCCUAUGAACGCACCGACCCAUGCCGAAACUUCACGGAUGGAUGGGCCGCCCAACGACUGGUGGAGCGACCCCCAGCAACGGCCUAUCUAG